AUGACCGAUCUUGAUGCAACUUUUAAACUCAACACUAGAGGUUUCCCGGUUAUCGCUGUUGGAGUAUCGAAUUUGUGGCGGCAAUUUCAUUUAGUAUGCAUUUUGCUAGUGUCCGACUUGAAGCAAACUCAGUGGGAACAUGCCAUCCGUUCAAUGUUAGACAUGUACGUCACCGUUACGGAUGAACAAGUUCACAUCAGCUACGUGAUGAUGGAUGCAGAUACUGCUCAACGAAGUGACUUCGAAUCAAUUACCGUUCAGUGCCUAGAUGUGGAGAGUCAACCAAAGUACAUGAUGUGUUUUUUCCACGUUAUGAAAAACGUGAAAAAACGCAUCACCUAUCUUAGUGAAUCCAAGAAACGAAUAGGUUUUCGCCACAUUUAUCGCAUUCACUAUGCUCGGGACGGAGUCGAAAAAAAGCAGUGUACCAAAGAGGCGAUAGCUGAUUGGAAUAAAGAUUGCGAUUUGAAGGAAUUCGGUAGUUACUUUCUCGAGCAGUGGCUCACCGGUAGAUUCUGGCAGCGCGUGGAAACUCCCAUGGGCAUGGCGAAGACGAACAGCCCCGUUGAAAACUUUAAUGGACAAUUCAAACAGUAG